AUGUCGGAUGUGUCGAACUCCUACUCAGCUUGGGAGACCCUGCCGGAGGACGAACUUCCGCUGGGCAUCGCAGUUCGACGCCCAGUGCUACCUCCACGCCACUAUGAUGGCGGUAAACCGUUGUGGAAUUAUAUAAUAAAAAUCGACAUGGAAGUGGAUAUUGGUGUACAGGAUGAAGUAAAACUUGUUAUUUCGUGGAGCUUCAGAAUGAAAGAUAAAUCAGUUUUCGACCAAAACGUCAUCAAGAAUGUUCAUAUUCUACAAUACAGAAAGAAGAAAGCAGCGCAGCAUUAUGACGUCGUUGUAAUAACAGAAGACAAAACCCUCCGCAAGAUAGACGCUGGGAUCUCUCCUGCUUUCAAAUUUGACACUGGCUGUUACUUCUAUGCAGUCGACGUGACACUCAAAAAUGGCAGAAGAUUGAUUGCAGCUACCGAAGAGAAAUGCUAUACAUUCUUCUCUCCCAGCUUUUUGGUGCUUUACACAUGUGCUACGCUUAUUUUCAUAACACUAGUUGGUUUUGUUUAUAUGGUUAGAGAGAGGCGAAAAGAACAAAUAAAUAUGAAAGAGAAAACGAUCACUGGAGACCAUACAGGAACUGAGAGUCUUGUUAAAAUGCCUGCAAGAACACUAAAGCGACCGAAGACCAAAGGGCAGCCAGGUCGAAAAAAUUAA